AUGGCGGUCGAGGAGAACUGCCCCCCUCCCUUCACCCGUGCGGCGGCCCAGCUCCCUGGCGAGCCUCCGCUCAAGAGGAAGUUCAGCGAGCUCUCCACCCUCUCCGACGCUACCGUCCCCUGCACCCCUGUCCCAUCGAAACCCAGAUACAAGGCGAGGAAGGAGGAGGAAGGGAGUCGGGAAGCUGCCUCGCCGCAGAUCACCGCCCCCGCCGAUGGCGACUCAGCGGUCGAUGACCCGCAGAUGUGCGCAACGCACGCGUCACCUAUGUAUCGGUACCUCAGAUCAAUGGAGGUGGAGGCAAAGCGGAGGCCGUCGCCCAACUACAUGGAUGCUGUUCAGAGGAGAGUGACGGCGGGCAUGAGGGGGGUUCUGGUGGAUUGGCUGGUGCAGGUGGCUGAGGAAUACCGCCUUGUCUCCGAUACGCUUUACCUCGCCGUCUCAUACAUCGACCGGUUCCUUUCCUUCAAUGCGAUCGGCAGGGAGCGGCUGCAGCUCCUCGGCGUUGCCUCCAUGCUCGUCGCUGCGAAUUAUCAAGAGAUUUGCCCUCCGAGUGCCGAAGAAUUCUGUUAUAUUACGGACAACACUUACACGAAGCAAGAGAUGGUGAAGAUGGAGAGCGACAUCCUCAAGUGUCUCGAGUUUGCUAUGGGUUGUCCCACCAUCGACACCUUCGUAUGGCGAUUCACAGAGGCAGGUCAAGAAGAUGGCAAACACUGGGGUGCGCAACUGGAGUUUCUGGCGAGCUACCUUGCGGAGUUGAGCUUGGUAGACUAUGGCUGCGUGCAGUUCUUGCCGUCGGUGAUCGCUGCUUCAUCUGUAUUCGUUGCGAGGUUCACAUUGAAUCCAAAUAGUCAUCCAUGGAACAGGAAACUGGAACAGUGUACCGAGUACAAAGCGAGUGACCUGAAGGACUGCGUCCGUGCCAUACACGACCUGCAGUCGCAGAGGAGAGCAGCGUCUUUGGUGGCUGUCAGCGAGAAAUACAAGCAAAACAAGUUCCAUUGCGUGUCGAUGUUGCUUCCUUACAUUGAGAUUCCUGCGAUUUACUUCGACGAUCCCAAGGAGUAG